UCUUCCUUCUCUAAAUCUCCUCUUGCAUAGGUCGCCUCUUGUUUACAAUAGCUUUAGCCAUCAGAUCUGCUACCUCUAUCCAUCAUAUUAACCUGACCCCUACCCUGAUCCUCUCAACCUACCGCCAGUCUAUCACCCUAGUCGGAGGUAUCCAAUCUUGGUGCGCACCAACCUUCCUUGCUUGGCCUGAUCUCUACAUCCAAAAGUACCCAGAAUCAUGAAUCUCAAACCUCAAUUCUAGUUUUAUAUGGAUGACCUUAACGUAGUUUUCAAAUCCGAUGUCAUCGGCGAUGGAGAAGACGAUGAAAGAUCUCUUCGCAGCUAGCGCGAAGAUGGGCAAAAGAGAGAAAGGUAUGAGCUAUUGGAGAAAUACCUAGAUAGAAUAUGACUUCUUGUCAGAAAAAGAGAAAGAAAAAUAGGAGAGGCGAGGGUCCUCGAUUCGUGAUUCUGGGUACUAUUGGAUAUGGAUGUCAUUUAGCCAGCCUGCGUUCACCGCCGGUCGACUCGGCUUGCAUAGGAGUGGCUCCGCUCACCGCGCGGUCCGCGGCGUACAAGCGUCGCGGUCGGCAGUGCUCGCCGCGCCCGGCAUGCGAUGCUCAUCUCGCUGCGGCGUACAGGUGUCGCGGCCGGCCACAGGCUGGCGCUGGCACGCCGGCCGUUUCCGCCUUUCCGGGGCGGGGCCGCUCCCCCGCGCGCGGCCGUUGCAGCCCGGAGCCUCGCGCUCCUCGACGACUGUCGCACGCCCCGAGGUUCCGCGCGCGCGGCGUGGUGCCCACAAGACUUUUUCGAACGGGUCGCGCUGGUGCCCUCGCGUCCCUCGUGUUCGGCGUGCUACAAGACAGGCGGGUUGGGGGGCCGGUCCAGGCAUUCCAAUCUCCGGCGAGUGGCCUUCAGCGAGAGCAGGGCAGACGGAGAGCGGCGAUGGGCGGAGGCUCCGGGAGGCCGUGCUACUACGCGGUGCUGGGCGUGUCCCGGGACACGUCCGCCGCCGACAUCCGCGCCGCCUACCGCCGGCAGGCCCUGAAGUGGCACCCGGACAAGCUGCAGCUGCAGGGGGACGACGACGACCGUCGUUGGGCGAGGGAGGAAGCCAAGGCCAGGUUCCAGCAGCUGCAGGAGGCGUACGAAGUGCUGUCGGACGCCUCCAAGAAGGCGGCGUACGACAGGGACGUCGUCGUCGUCUUCCCGUCCGAGUCCGAUCUAGCGAAAACUUUCCAGGCCAUGGACGACCUGCUCGACGAGAUGGACGGGCUGGUGGAAAGCAUGAAACAGUUUCUGAGCAGGAUUAAACAGGAGCCCAACCUCACCAUGGACGAGAUGCUGGCCAUGAUGGACGAGGAGAUCAAGAAGUGCUGCGGCGACCAGCCUCGGGCGCCAGGGAGAUGGACGCCGCCGUCUCGCUCCGCCGCGGGAACUAGUGCCGCCGGCGCCCAGGCAGCUGGUGCCGGAGACGCCCGCGGGAAGUCGUCGUCCUCGACACCGAGACCCCGUGGCACCAAGUGCCCGCCGCCACCGGGGUUCUACGGCCCGUUCGGCCGCACAGGCUAGCUGUGCUUCAUGUACCGACCGAAUGCGCUGUCAUGAACCAAACAAUUCUAGCUGUAGCCCCGAAAUAUCCUAGCUAGUAGGGCUGGGUACUGAUGAACAACACCUGUGUUACUGUGUACUAAGGGAUAAUCCGCCAGGUUUGCUCGAGCUGGCAGUGUCACAUCAACAAGACAGGUGAAGGAUCCGUCUAUCGCUCAUUCGAGUGAUUUGAAGUA